AUGGCAUCAAGACUUCGACCCGUUUUGGCGCCCGCCCUCAGGAUACUCCCCAGGACAGCAGCAGCAAGGGUCUCCUCUGCCGCCGCCAUUUCCGCCAGACGGUCGCUCUCUCUCAAAUCAUUCUUCACCUCCCGCAAACCCGCGACAUCGGAUCCGUUCACGUCCCAGUUCGAGCCCGUUCUUGAGCAGGCCGACCUCUUCCACCCUCUCAGCAAAUCCCCUCUGGCCCCUGUUCGCGCCAAGGCAGACUGGAUUGCUGCCCACGGAACGUGUCCAGUAUGCAAGGAACAGCAUGCUGCGGAGGAGCACAAGGAGGAGGCAGCAGCGAAGCAGCAGACCAAGACCAAGCCACCUACAUAUGAGUGCCCUGAUUGUGGAUACCCGACCCAUUGCAGCGAGGAGCACUACAAGAUGGACAAGGAGCACCAUAAGCACGUCUGUGGAACACUCCGGGAGGUCAACGAGGACGAGCAUGAUCUGCGAUCUGGUCGUCGUAUGAAGGAGUUUGAGUUUCCAGGACCACAGCACCGCGAUGAGGCUGUCAACUUGUCAAAUUGGGAUACCUUCCUGUACACUCGUGGAUUCCUCAGUAUGAACUCGGAGCGAUCAAUGCGCCAUGUCUCUCACGUCCUGACCUACCCUCUCACCAUCGGAUCGGUCCUUCACCAGUCUUCGCCCUACCAGCUCGGCAAGGAUCUCACCGUCGAAGGAUUGAAAUCAUUAGCCGCUCUUCGCCAUACGCUUCACCCAGCAAUGAUGCCAGGAAUCACUCAAAACCAGGAUCUCCGCAGCACAGCAACACACACUGUCCGUAUCUUCUGCCUGGGCGCCCGUGCAGAGUCGCAUCUCCCCCCUCACAUCUACAUGCAACUCGCCUACCUGUUCCCCACCACCGCCUUCCAGAUCCACUUUGUCGGCCCAGACGCGAUUCCCCCUCACACCAAAUCCAAGGAACCCCAUCAACACGUCCACUACGAACAGAUGACAUUUGUCUACGACAACUCCCGGUACGAGACCUAUCACGCCGAGGCCGGCCCCUUCAACCCUUACUACGACGUCUUCUUCCUCUUCUCGCCCGGGUUGGCCCACCCUUCGACCAAGGACAUGUGGAAGCCUACGAUCCCUCUGUUGUUGGACACAAAGUGCGCCAUCUUUGGAACGGGCUUUGACGAACGCGAUGUGAUGAACGAUGUGGCCGAGAUUGAGAAUGCAGGAUAUGAAAUGGAUUGGUUGAUGAAGCCAAGGGAGAAUGCCUUUAGGAGCUUGAAGCAUGAAAUCAACAUGACUGAUGUCCGUCAGUCGGCUCAGUGUAACUGGGGUAUUUGGGGAAUUCGUGGGCGUCGUUAUGAUGUCCGCCCUAGCGACCAAUAG